UUUCCGCAUUCCCCAACCACCCGUAACGUCAGGGCCGAGCCGAGCAACAAGUUCAGCGCACACUUCUGGGGCAUUUCUCCGGAGCAGAGUAGUGACACAUCCAAUGGAUAGACGGAUGUUCACGGGAACAUCCGAUCUGUAAACCGAGGUUUCUCACUGGAGUUUGGAGGAUCAAGAACCACCUGACGUUGGCUGUUAUAUAUCGAGGAGCUGACUAACAAAGGUCGACGGGUAUUGAAGCAGUUCAACAUGGCAGUCUUCAAGCCUAAUAAUGUGGAAGACUUCUACGAAAUCGGGGAAGUACUGGGAAGAGGGCACUUUGGUCAGGUUCGACAGGUUUCUGACCGGGCCUCUGGGACUCGCUGGGCAGGCAAAUUCCUGAAGAUUCGGAAGAAUGUAUGCAGCCGUCUGGGCCUGGACAGGAGCAUUGUGGAGCGGGAGGUGGAGAUCCUUCAGGCUGUACAACAUCAAAACAUUGUGACUCUCAAAGACGUUUUUGAGAGCCAAGCUGAAGUGGUACUCAUUCUGGAGCUUGUUAGUGGAGGGGAGUUGUUUGACUUCAUUGCUGAGAAGGAGAACCUGUUGGAAAGUGAAGCCAUUGAGUUCAUUUCACAGAUCCUGGAGGGAUUGGGAUUCAUGCACAGCAAGAACAUUGCCCACUUUGACCUCAAGCCAGAAAACAUCAUGCUGUCAGACAAAGUGUCACCACACCCCAACAUCAAACUAAUUGACUUUGGCCUGGCCCACCGUUUUCAACAGGGCGAGGAAUACAGGAGCACAAGUGGCACCCCACAGUACAUUGCCCCUGAGGUGAUCAACAGUGAACCUCUAAGUACAGCAGCAGAUAUGUGGAGCAUCGGAGUUAUUACCUACAUACUAUUGAGCGGUUUGUCACCAUUCCAAGGUGAGACUGAUGAAGAGACUCUGAAGAAUAUCAUUGCCAUGAACUAUGAGUUUGUUACACGGUAUUUCAGCAUGACCAGCUCCAUGGCCAAAGACUUCAUCCAGAAACUCUUAGUGAAAAAUCCCAAUGAUAGAAUGACAGCUGAGGAGUGUCUGCUUCAUCCAUGGAUUAAGCCCAUCACACCGAAACAGGUGGCCAAAAGGAAACGAUCCUCAAUCAAUAUGAAGAACUUUAAGAAGUUCAAUGCCAGAAGGAAAUGGAAGAUGUCUUAUAACAUGGUGCUAAUGUGCAAUCGGCUGGUCCAGUUGAAACUGCUGUGUAAGGGCAGCUCAGAUCAAGAUCCACUACAGAGACAAUGUGAAAGUGAUGUAGAGGACACAGAAAGCAAGCCUGCCUCUCUGCUACAUCGAAGACUCAGCAGCAGUUCAUAGAGAUGACCAGAGAGAGGCAGCAGCACAGCACAGAGGUCCAAGCUGGAUGGCAGGCUCACUGAGGGGAAUUGUUACUUUGUCAGAUUGUUCAAGUGAAAUGGACGCCUGAAUGUUGCCAAGUUUAAUUGACUGUCUUAGAAGUGCCUGGGAAAUGCCUCAUCAGAUGAGAAUUUCUUUAAGACCUUCAGGAAAUUGGUGGAAACUUUGUUUUAAAGUUCAGCUCAUUACCACUGUGCCUGGAUUUCAUGAUACCUGGCUUUUUUUUGGGUAGGACUAUAUUCCCUCUACAGAAAAUGUAAAACUAAAAACUAAUUUUAUGUCCAAGUCCUCCAUGACUUUAAUACUGAUACUAUUGUUUUCAUCAUCAGCCAUAUGCAAACACUAUAUAUAUAUAUAUAUAUAUGUAUAUGUGUGUACUUCUUUUAAAUGUUGUUGUUGAAAAACUUAAAAUAAAUAAAUAAAUAAAAAUAAAACGUUUUCACUAAAGUUAUAUAGCUACAAGGAAAGUGGUUUAUUGGUUUAUUAAUACUUCAGUUUUAUUUUCAGAGCUCUGGCCAUCAUUUCAAUCAAUAAUGAGAACAUUGUACUCACCAAAUGAAUAGCUGAGAUCAGGGAACAGUGACAUCACAAAAAACAAGAAAGGUCAAAAAACGUUAGCAGUCAGCCGAUCAGACAAGUUGGAAACAAACAUUCAUGUUAGUUCUGCUAAUUUGUGCUGUGUGCAUACUUUUUCCUUGCGCAAUGAGGACUUAUUAGUAACAUUUCAGGUCUAUUUACUUUCAGUUUGACCUCCAAAUAAAGUAGUUUGUUGGCUUGUUUGCAAUCUGUCAUCAACCACAUCUGUGACAGACCCCCCUCCACUUCAACUUUGACCCACUGUAAUUAUUAUAGCUGUGAGUACUCACAGUUUUCCUGGUGAAUGAAGAAUUGCAGUUAUCUGACUGCUCAUGUUUCUUACCCCAUUGGACCUAUUUUUAGUGAUAUCACGUUCCUAGAUCUCAUGAAUUACUUUGGUGAAUACAAUGUUAUCAAUGUUACCCAAGCUGUAAUAAACUGUAGAUUCCUUUAAAGAGUAAAUUAACAACAGACUUGAAGGCAGAGUUUUACUGUCCUGUCUGGUUGUAAGUUUCAGGUGUGUUUCACCUUUGGUGGGUAGUGGUCCGAAAAGAGCUUUGUUAUACCUGUAACCACACCCAACAGUGAUGUUAUAGCCUACUGACACAGUCUAGGAUACACUAUAUGUUCAACCAAUGGGGGUCAGUCCAAAGAGCUGCUGAUAAAUUGCUCUUUAAGGGUAUUAAGUAAGAAGUCUGUGAUUUUGUUGUAGCACCCAAUAUCACUCACACAAAAUCCCAAAUUGCUGUUGAUUUUAAGAUUCCACUUGAUUGGUAACAAAAAAAAAUCCCAUCUCAAGGUCCAUUUAGUAGCUGUAAUUAAACGUUUGAUUGUAUCACUCCUCAUUACUAGCUUGCUCAGUUGCCAUGGAAAUGUAGAAAAUUUCUGUGAUUCUGAGCUCCCCUGGCUUCUCAUCUAUGUUGACUUAAGAGCUGAGCUUGAUCCUCAUGAGGAUAUGUGAUGUGCUUUUCCGCUGCUGUUUCAAAGAUCAAUGAUGAACUGUCAAACUCAAAUCCACUGAUGUUCAAAACAUCAGCAGUUAGCUGGGAGGGAAUUUGGGGAUUUGGGGGGUGCUAUGACACUAUCAGCAAGUGCCUAGUUGUGUUGUAAUAUUUCAUACUACAAAAGAUAAAAUAUCUCAAUCAGUACUGUACAUAUUACUUCCAAUAAUAUGUCUGUCUUUUGUACUCUCAUGUAUUAUAUUACUUGUCUCAUGAUGUAAAUGGCACAAUCAUACACGCUUUGUAAAUAACUUCACUACCUAUAACUUAUAUUUUUUUGAUAUCUGGCUUCAUCCAAGACUUGAACAAUCAUCAGAUUUUUAAGCUUUUAGAAAUACUACCAAAGCUAUCACUUUGUUUCUUUUCUUCUCAAUCAUGUGUGCAUGAGUAUGUUUGUCGAAAUGACCUGUAUCUGUCGGUAUCAUUUCCUUUUCAUCUCAUUCAGUUGAUAAUAAAAAUGAAUUUGACACAUUGCAGUAAAUAUAAAUUAGUGCAACUGAAGUGACUUUGAUCACUUUAAUGAUCUACAUUUGAGUCUAAACAUAUAUAGAAGUAAUUAACAUACAUAGUGUAUUAAAGAACUGAACUGGUUAAAAGUGAUGGUUAUAAGGAACAUAUUUGAAUGAUAUCAAAAUAACAUAAAAAAUUAUUUAUGCUACAAACACCCAUAUAGUAGUAUGGUGACCUCUGUCCUGUCCUCUUCUUAAACAUUGUGUUCAUAUGACCAAAGGUUCAUUCACAUUGCACUGUUGUCCAGUGAACAUUUACUGCCUCUCUGAUUCACUGCAUGUGUUUCCUAUUUUGGUGCAAUCUCUAGCUGGCUGCAGCGGACUCAAAGGCCACAAUUCACCUUUGUUUACCUUUGAUCAUGCAGAUGUGCACAAUCAGCCAAUU